AUGAUCUCCGUGUUGUUCUCCUUGCUGCUCUCCGCAGGGAAUCCCGCCCUCGCGGCCCGCGACACCUUCUAUCCUCCCCUCAACCACACUACCUACAUCACCAACUCCUCCGUCGGCACCUAUGGAGGUAUCUACAGCGCCCCGGCAGAUCAGACCAGUAGCCCGACACCACAAGAUGUCUACAAUUACUGUUCCAUGCCGCAUCCCCGUGCGGAGACCUACUCGCUCCCGCCUCCCGUCGCCAACCAAUCCGUCUCUGCCCGCCUAGUCUAUCUUGAAUACGUGCAGCGUCAUCAGCGUCGCACCCCCUACAACAUUCUUCCGGGCGGCGAGAACCAGGAAUAUCACUGCAACAACCUCCAGGCUCAUCUCUACGUCUCUCCAGCUUCCCAAGGUCCCACUCCAAUCCCCGUCUAUGGCCAAACUUAUUCCGAUCCCUCCAACCCAUUUUUGACAAACUAUGUCAAUGGAUCGUGUCAGUAUCCUCAAUUGACGAUUGGGGGCUUUCUGGAUGGCUAUCAGCACGGUCGCGACCUCCGCGCCGUCUAUAGGGAUCAACUGCAGCUAAUCCCAGCGUCACCGGACGAGGACAAUGGCAAGAAGAUCUGGCUCCGUUCAAGUACCUCGGCCCUCACCCAAGAAUCUGCCGGUGGGGUUUUGCGAGGUAUCUGGCCCGAAUACAAUGCACCCCUACCGCUACACCAGCAAGCUUCAGGGGUCGACACGGUCGACCAAGGAUACUCCUGUUCCGCUCGCAGCGAGGUUCUCUCCACCAUUGAGUCUACAGCGGAGUGGAACGAGCAUCUGACAGUGACCCAGUCGCUCCGUAGUCAGCUGGCGACCAUGUUUGACGCCGAUACCUCCAGCUGGAUGUCGACAUUUGACCAUUUCUCGGAUAAUUUCCAAGCCCGCCUCUGCAAUGGCUAUGAGCUACCCUGCAGCCUGCAGAAUGGCACGCAGUGUGCAACUGUCAGCCAGGCAAAUGAGGUUUUUCGUGCGGGCGACUGGGAAUGGAACUACUGGUGGCGACACAACGCAAAUGCUACUCGGUACAUCCAACUGGUCGAAGGUCUGUUCAUCGGAGAGAUUGUUCGCCAUCUAGAAGCGGUGCAGCAAGGGGCAUCCGAACUCGUGUAUAGCCACAGUUUCGUUCAUGAUGGAGACCUUGGGCCCAUCCUUGGCGCGUUGGGCAUUAAAGCGUUGCGGUGGCCAGGUAUGGGAUCGAACAUUGCUUUUGAAGUAUGGUACGUUUAUUUUGAUUCGGAACCUUCUCCCAAAUAA